UUGAUAGACGGCGCAAGGGUUGCUGCAACUACCCACCUUGCAUCCCACCAAACCAUGGAGUCAUGGUGCUACGAAGGACGGGGGCUAGAGGUCACCUCGCACCAUCCUCAGCAGAAACGGAUGUUGCACAUUGCUGGGAAGAGGUAAAACUGACUGUUCUCACGCCAUGGUGUCGCCUUAUUGUUCAAAGCCGAUGCACUCUCGGACAAUCACUUUGCUAUACCUGACCUGGUCUCUAUGGCUUUCCUCUGCUUGUGAGCAAGCAGAGAAAGCAAGGAAUUUUGCGCCAAUGUGGCUUCGAUCAACGCGCCAGACCAAGGUCAAUAUGGGAUUGACAGCGGCAAUGUUUGACUGGGCUGGUAGUCUGCGUUGGUGGCUCUGCAAACACCUUGCAGAUGCUCCUGCUUCAGUGAACCAUUUCGGUUGCAGGGCUUGCACUGAGGGUUGCAGAUUUGACAACGCCAAGCCAUGGGCGACGUCUUCCGAGGGUACACAACAGCUUCCCACUCGCAACUCUGCAGGACACAAACCGGGAUGUCGUUUCCUCUCAUUCAAGAUCACUUACGAGGAAUCUCAAUGUCUAGGCGCUCAGAUUUGACAAGAUCGCGACUAUGCAAUGGUCGAGGCUAACCGGAAGUAAAGCAGUGCCGAU